AUGCCUUUGUCAAUAAUUUAAUCAAAAUAAAAUGGAAAAUCAUCUUAAGAAUCGGAUUCAGAAUGUGAGAAAGAAGUAGAUUACUUAAAAGAAUUCUUUUGCCCAAAUGAGGCCUCUAUAAUUCUAUUAGAACCCAUAAUAUAAGAUGAAUAAUAUUUAGAAAAGGAUAUUGCUGCUAUAUUAGGAAAUUUAAUUGUAGUGCAUACAGAUUUUACACUUUUUGAAUAUAAUUCAUCAAUCCCAAGAGAUGGUGAUUGCAUCAUUAAUCAAAGGUAUUAAUCGAAAUUGAGAGAAUAAUUAAAUAAUAGAAUUUAACAAGGCAAUUUUGGAAUUUUUCUAAAAUUUAAUUGUUCUUCAAAAAAUAAGAGGGCAAUAAAACACAAUAUAAAAAUCGGCAAUAAAAUAAUCAAAUUAAUAAAGGAAUUUAUUAAUAUGCAAUAAAAAGAAAAAUUAUAAUAAUCUUUUGGUAAUUCAUUAGAUUUAUUCAUCGCUUAAUUAAAGACCUAUUAAAAAUUAAGAAGUAUUUGA